UCCCAAAUAGCUGAGGAGGAAAGUGGCGCGGAAAGAGCCAACUCUUUCUUGCCCGGAAUCUGGCUAGAACUGUGCUGCGUUUUCGCUGGGGCGGGCGCGCGGAGAAAGCUGGAAGGGAAAAGAGGGAGCGGCCGGGGACGAAAAAAUAGGCACUCCGGAGAUUUCCAGCACUUUGAGUGGCUCUUGGGAGUAUUGGAAACAUAUGUCCUCAGCUGAACGGGUGACAGUAGCGGUUCAGGAAGGAAACUGAUACUACUUUUGACUUGCAGAGAACGGGCAUGGGAAAAGAGGCAUCUUCCACACCUAUGAAGGAGAUGGAUCAUUUGAACACAUUACAUGCCUUUAUUUUCUCCAUGUUAUCUGAAAUUCAAAGAAAGUUCGGACAAAAUAUUCAAGAGAAGAUUGUUUCUUCUUCUUUUCAUCAAAUGGAUUAAUGUUCUUCAUAUCUACUUCUAACGUUACUAUUGAGAGAAGAGAACAGUUGUUCAUCAAUACAACACUUUUAGUGUGGGGAAUAUUUUCUAUUAUCUAGAAGAAAAUUAUACAUUAUGCUGGUCAUUUUAAUUUUUUAUAUAUUACUGUCUGCAAUCUUUUAAUACAGAUUCCUGACAAUGAAUUGAUUUUACUACAUUUUUAACAAAAUCACCCCAGUGCUUAUAUAUGUAUAAAUAUGAGAUUUAAAGAGAGGUAAAGUGAUUACUCUCUUAACCCAUUUCAGAGUGCAACAAACUGAAAUUCACAUUAUGGCAGCAACCUACAAACGAGUAAUAACGACAGUGAAUUGUUACAGCAGUGUUGUAAUAGAUAAUCAGCUUCAAAAUGUUGUGCAUUAUUGUACUGGGGCAUGUCGAGUAUUCAAACAAGGAGUUAUGUGCAUAGUGGCCCACCACAGUGUUUGUGCAAAACUAAUUAAAGUUUCUACACCUAAUUUUAGAAAUUCAGAUUUGACCCACAGAUUUUCAGUGCCUGAAAAUUCACUAGCUUUGCCUGGGGAUGAAGAUUAUCAUCAGCUCCUUCCCAGUAAUCCAAAACUCAAAAAGGGGUCUUCUGUUCAAAGCACUGGAAGUCUGAAAGAUAUCACUGAAGAAGCCAUAAAUCUUGCUAGUGGAAAAAUAAAAGAAUUCUCAUUUGAAAAACUGAGAAAUUCUUCAAAUCAGGCAAACUAUAGAAAAGGAAGAAAAGUUAAGUCAGACCCACUCAGUAGAAGGUCACUAGAUUUUGACUUGAUUAAUGGACAUUUCAACAAUGAUGAAAUUUUGUCCCCUCCCUAUGGCCUGUUAAAUAAUUGUUCCCAUGAAGAAAAAUGGCAGGUCAGCAGCACCUCAGUAGAGGGAAAUGGGAGUUCUAUAGUUCCUUUGCCUAUAGAAACUUUUUCUGAUGGCAGUUUUAUCACACAAAUUUUGGAAAAGCACAAGCUGGAUGGUUCUUCCAGUGGAGAUAUUAAGAUGUGCUUAGAUAUCUUGCUGAAAUGUUCAGAAGACUUGAAGAAGUGUACAGAUAUAAUAAAACAAUGCAUUAAGAAGAAAUCAUCAGGUAAUGUCAAUAGCGGAAAUAAUGAUUCCUUGGCCAAUUCUGAAAUAAUCUAUAUGAAUCUAAUGACAAGAUUUUCUUCUUACCUUAAACAGUUGCCUUUUGAAUUUAGAUAUCCUGGGCUCAAUAAGCCUGGUGACAUGGUAGAACUGAUCAACAGUUUGUCUGCUUUGGAGCAGUCCCAUUUCUCCCCAAUAUUUGGCAUUGAGCAACCACCAAGAUAUGAAGAUGUUGUAACUUCUGCAUCAUCUGUGGCAAAGCAGUCUUUUACCUCUGACUUAAAAAGAAUUCGGAAUAACACUGAUACAAAUUCCUCAACCAAAAUUAUACAAAUCCCCAAUGUAGAUAUUUCCUCAAAUGCUUUGCAGAACAAUGUAGAUUCUAGGAAUGAUUCUUGUGCACUACCUCAGUUGCAGUUUCUAAAUCCAUCAGACUGCAUUUUUACCACAGAAACACUAUAUAUUGUGGAAGAAUCAGACAGCAAAAAAGUAUUGGGAAGUGCAUCAAGUGUUAAGAGUAAAAAAAUAUGGGAAAAUUCAGAGAGCAGCCAGGAGCAAGCUGAAUGGGUAAAUCCUUCUGUAGAAUGUACUACAACUUCACAUACUAUUGCACAGCCUAAAUCACAGGGCCAGCUCUCCAUUUCAGCAGAUUCUAUUGAUCAAACUUUUGAUUAUAAUGCUCAGAUUUCUAAAGAAGAAUCUAGAAAAAACAAUCAAGAAGAGAUAGACAAACUUUUGUUGGAUUUGGAGAAUUUUUCACAAAAAAUGGAGAUUACUCUGAGAGAAACUACUGCUAAGCAGAGUGAUCCUAGAUAUUUGACAAGUAGUGGUUUAACUACUGAAAAUAAAGGCAAAGUCUGUUCUCCUGAAAACAAAAGUGUGCCUUCUUCCUUAUCAAAACUUGUAGAAAUCAAUGGUCAUAAAAUGGAUGAGGAUGACAAAACCCUUUUAUUGCGUAUUUUGGAGAGUAUUGAAGACUUUGCCCAAGAACUAGUAGAAUUCCGAUUGGGCAAAGGAAGCUUAUCAAAAGAGAAGGAAGUGAUGCACAUUCUUCAGGAAACUUUAGCCACGCCUUCCAUCACAGCUGACAAGCAGAGCUACAUAGAUACAGUGCAGAAAAAUCCUGCCUCAGCAUUAAUUCAACAGAUGCCAGAGGUUAUCAAGGUCCAAAACAAGCAAGAGAAAAAAACAGUGACACCAUCUCUAACUCCUGCAAAUUCGACAAUCACCUCACAGUCUCUACUGUCCACAAAUAAAGUAACUGUCAGUGUUCCCUUGUCCAUAAACAUUCCAAGUUUCUAUUUUCCUUAUGGACUUCCCAAUAUCUGCAAUAAUCAUGAGGAAAUUAUUAUCAAAGUUGAAGCAGCCUUUUCAGAGUUUGAAGAUAAGAAAGUUCCCUAUAAUGAAAUGGGGAAAAUUACAAAAAUAUGCUGCUGUCCCCUAUACUGGAAAGCUCCCAUGUUCAGUGCAUCUGGAGGAGAGCAGGCAGGAUUUGUAUCUGUACAUUCAUUUGUGACCAUGUGGAGAAAGAUACUAUACAACUGUCAUGAUGAUGCAUCAAAAUUCAUUUGCCUUUUAGCAAAGCCCAACUGCAACUAUUUGGAACAAGAAGAUUUCAUCCCAAUACUGCAGGAUAUAGUUGAAACUCACCCAGGACUCACAUUUCUAAAGGAUGCCCCAGAAUUUCAUUCCCGCUACAUUACUACGGUUAUUCAAAGAAUAUUUUACAUAGUGAAUAGAUCGUGGUCUGGAAAAAUAUCAUUAACAGAGCUGAGGAAAAGCAACUUUCUGCAAACUCUGGCACUCUUAGAAGAAGAGGAAGACAUUAAUCAAAUCACUGACUAUUUUUCCUAUGAGCACUUCUAUGUUAUUUACUGUAAAUUCUGGGAACUGGACACUGAUCAUGAUCUCUAUAUCAAUCAGAGUGAUCUGACUAGAUACAAUGAUCAAGCUUUGUCAAGCAGAAUUAUAGAAAGAAUAUUCACUGGAGCUGUCCUUAGAGGAAGCCAAGAACACAAAGAAAACCAGAUGAGCUAUGCAGACUUUGUGUGGUUUCUAAUUUCAGAAGAAGACAAAAGAUGUCCCACAAGUAUUGAAUACUGGUUCCGAUGCAUGGAUUUGGAUGGGGAUGGCACACUAUCAAUGUAUGAACUUGAGUAUUUUUAUGAGGAACAGUGUGAGAGGAUGGAAUCUAUGGGCAUUGAGCCAUUGCCCUUCCAUGACCUAUUGUGCCAAAUGCUUGAUCUAGUAAAACCAGAAUAUGAGGGAAGAGUUACUCUGCGAGAUUUGAAGAGAUGUAGAAUGGCUCAUGUAUUUUAUAAUACAUUCUUUAACCUUGAAAAGUAUCUGGACAAUGAACAACGGGAUCCAUUUGCUGUGCAAAAGGAUGUUGAAAAUGAUAGUCCAGAACCCUCUGACUGGGACAGAUAUGCUGCUGAGGAAUAUGAAAUUCUUGUAGCCGAGGAGUCUGGCAAUGUACAGUUACAAGAAGGUUCCUUUGAAGAUGAUUAUGAAACAGAUGAACUCUUAUCUCUGUCUGAAAUUGGAGAAAAGUCAGAUAAUUUAGUUAUUUCGGAUCUUUCAGCAUAAGAAUGCAGAUUUAUCCCUAGAGUCUACCAUUAUUAAAUGGAAGAGUCUUCAGUUCUUACAUUUGAAGAAAUAAUGUUUUCUUUGACAAAGCUACCAACAUCUGAAACAGAAGCAGAGUUAUACAAGAUUUAUUGUUUCUCCAAUGUGAUAAUUUUCCUAACUAUUGGGGUAUGCAUAGAAUGUUUGUGCAGGCAUUCAUAGAACCUAUAAGGAAACAACAAAGACUGGAUAAAGGUGAAAAGGUUCAUGUAAAAAAAAAAAAAAAAGAAUUUAAACCAAUAAAUUCUUGAGGCUUUUUUUUUUUCAUUUUGGAUUCUUCCUCCUCCUUUCAUUAUUUAGAAACUACCUUCAUUUUCUUUCUUGUCUUACAAUGUAAUUGUAUACUAAUGUUCAAUUUUUAGAUGUAUCAGAAAUGCCUGUCAGUUUCUAGGUUAUUUCUAGCUCACUGUAGAUAUUUAUAUACAUCAUAGAAUAUCGGAAUAAUGAUAAUUUAAUAUGGGACUUUCAAGAGUUUAUUUAAAUCUAAUACCAAGUUCUUGUUUCUUUGUUUUAAAAUAUAAUAUAGAAAAGAGAUGGCCCCUUGAUUUUCAUGGCUGGUCUUAAUGGGAAUUUUUUCUUUUAUUAGAAUUCUUCCAAAAAAGCAUUCAUGUCUUAGGAAAUGCAAUAAUCCCUCUGUAAAAGAGAAAAUGCUAUAUUUUUCUAAGCAUAAUCAAGGAGGUGAAUGACCUGAGAUUCAUGGCUGAUAGCAAAGCCCUACCAAAUUAUAGCAUUUCAAAUUGAAGUAUAGAAAAUGAGGAUCAAUUGACAAAAUGGGUGCAAACUCUUCCAAGAAUAAACAAAAACCAGGUAAAAAAAUAACAUUUACAAGACAGGUCCAGGAAAAUGCAGUUAGUAUCUCAUCCCCUACCCAUUCUUUUGAAUCUCAUUCUUCAAAAUAUUUUUUUAAAAGCUAAAAGGCAAUCCCCAUUUGUAUAAAGGAAGCAUUUACAGUAAAUUGUUUAAAUGUUUCUAAGUGGCAUAAAAUUGGUUUUCUCCUGAGGUAGUAUGUUCCCUUUCAGUGAAGGUCUGCAAAUGGAGGCUGGAUGGCCAUCUGUUGAAAAUGUUUUAGCAAAUUCAGCACUGAGUAGAAGAUUGGAUCUGAUGACCUCAGAGGUCCUUUUCAUUCUAUGAUUCUGUGCUAAUACAAUGCCAUAGUGGCAACAGGUACAACCUGCCUUAGAAUUGACAAUGAAGACAUUGAAGUGAUAGAUAGCUUCUGUGUUUUACGGUCAACCAUCAACAGUAAAGGAACAAGCAAUCAAGGAAUACGUCACAGACUAGCAUUUGGUAAAGUAGCCAUGAAG